AUGUCGAGCUCGAGCUCUGCUUCCGAGGGCGAGCUCCCCGAUACCCGACACAAGGCAAACACAGUCAAUUCGCGCAACGAAACUGCGAUUAACGGCUCAAACAGGUCCUUUGGACUAGAUGGUGCCUGUGAGAACUACCGCGCCUUGAGUCGCUCUCCCUCGCCUUAUCGCCGCAAGCGCACCCCGUCUCGAUCGCCUUCGCCAUAUCGGAAGAACCGCACAGUCGACCGAUCGCCAUCGCCAUAUCGACGAAGCCGAGCCGACCACAGUGCCAGUGAUGCACGAGGCUACAAGCGCAAGGCUUCCCCGCCGCGCGGCCGCCCCGAUAAGCGAUACCAUACUGAUCGUAGCAGACACGGUGAGCCGCGACGACCUGCAGCGCCACCUCCACCAAGUUCGGCAAGAGACCGUAAAGAUGCCGUAGAUAGAUCGCAUGCAAAGCCCAUCUCGUAUGCCGAGGUCGAGAAUCCAAACCCAGUCCCCGACUUCCGCGGACUCCCUAGAGACAAUCAUCGCCAGCAACCCCGGCCCAGUGAUCGAAGACGCGAGGAGACACACCAGCCGCAUGGGCAGAAGCAACAGCCGCCGCCUGAUCGCGCAAAGGCUCCGGCUGCACAGGCCGUGGCUGCACACACAAGCGUGUCUGAAGAUGUUGAAAUGAAAAUGGACGGCGAUACCACUGAUUACACCCCAGCGCCUGUUGAAGACAAGGAACCAACCCAGGAAUCGCGCGAGGAGAAGCGGCGCCGCUGGGCUGCCAUGCGCGCUGCGGCCGAGCAGCAAAAGGCCAAAGAGAACCUGUUGCAGCAGGCGGUUCUCACUAGUGCGUCGGAAGCGAACACGCCUAACAAUGCUUCGCCAGCAGCGUUUGCGGAUAGUCCUCGAUCUCCGUUCAUAUCACCCCACAAUGGCGACCUCGAAUCCGUCCCGGCGUCACCAGACGUCAUGGUAAUCGAUAAGCAGGGGGGAUUCAGUGAGGGAAACAGUCCAGGUGCGGCGGCCAGUCCGUCGGCGGCCGAUUACGAUCCUCUGCAGGACAUGUUAGACGACCGGGAUCGAGCAGCAAAGAAGAACCACAACGCCGAGGUUUCGUCGGACGCAUAUCGCGAGACUGACCCCCAGGCACUGUCUACGUUACCGGCUGAGAAGGUGGUGCCUGUUAAGAAACAGAAGAAAGAGUUUGACAUGUUUGCCUCUGACGAUGAUGACGAAGACGAGGAGGAUGUCGAGACCGAGGCCAAUGUCGCUGCAAAAGGAACAAUUCUCGACGAAAAGUUGCUGGAUAACUGGGACGAUCCAGAAGGAUACUACAAGCUGAUUAGUAAUGAGUUGGUCGACGGCGGCCGCUACCGAGUGAUCAAGGGCCUUGGUCGUGGUGUGUUUGCCAAUGUCGCACAAGCAGAAGAGGUCAAGACCGACGGAGACGCCAACCCCCGGAUUGUUGCUAUCAAGAUGAUUCGCCGGAAUGACUUGAUGAGGAGGGCGAGUCAGAAAGAAAUGGACUUUUUGCGCAAAGUCAACGAGGCAGAUCCACAGGAUAAGCGCCACAUUGUUCGUUUAUUGGGCUCGUUCGACCACAAGGGUCAUCUAUGCAUUGUCUUUGAACACAUGUCGAAGAACUUGCGAGACCUGCUGAAAGAGGAGACAAAUGGACAUGGCCUUACUCUGCCUGCCGUACGGAUAUAUGCGCGUCAGAUGUUCCUUGGCCUCCAACACUUGCAAAACUGCCAGAUUAUCCACCUCGACCUGAAGCCUGACAACGUGUUGGUCUCUGCUGACAAGAAGACUGUCAAGCUGGCUGAUUUCGGUACCGCCGUCGACAAGCGAGAUGUAAUUGAGCGCACCGAGUAUCUUGUUAGUCGAUUUUACCGUGCGCCUGAGAUUAUUCUUGGCAUGGACAUUGGCUAUCCCGUCGACAUGUGGGCUGUGGGCUGUACGGUGUAUGAGCUAUGGACAGGCAAGAUUCUCUUUACUGGGCGCUCCAACAACCAGAUGAUCAAGUCGUUUAUGGAUUGUUUGGGAUGGCCCAGCGAGAAGCUAUUGAAGAAGGGGCUUGCCAACAAUGUUCUGGAAAACUUUGAACUCGGGCCGCCACUGAAAUUCAUCAGCCGCGAGGUUGAUCAGUACAACAAGCUCUCGGUACGCAAGAUUGAGCAGCAGAAGAAGAUACCCCGUGACAUGAAGACUCGCAUUCACGACGCCGCGCGCAACAUCUCGAACGGCGGGCCAGCAGUUAGUGAGCUGAAUGAUUUGGCGGACCUGCUCAGCGCAAGCUUGCACAUGAACGUGGAGAAGCGCAUCUCACCCAAGGAAGCGCUGGCCCACAGGUUCUUCGCCAGCAAGACGCCAGCACCCGCCAAGGCAGCGCCCGCCAAGUCCGCCGUGGUAAAGCCAUCCCUAAUCAAACGUGGUACACUAGGCAGCGCACCCAGUAUUCGACGAUAAGUGGUAUGAUACCUAUUGCAUUGUGUUACAAGCUGCUUUUUUUCUUGGUUUUUUCUUGGUUUGCAUUUCGGCGACCACUAUUUUUUUGUUUCAUUGUUUCUUUCAUUCUUUCAUUCUUUCUUUGAUUCCUUCCUUGGUGUUAGCGUGGAACGCGCCGAAGAAGCGGUGGGGGGGCGAGGGGAGAGAGAAGAAAAAAAAUAUGUCUGGGACCCAAACGUGGUGCAAGCCGACCUGCGGGGGCGUCUGGAGGUCUAGA